AUGGAGGAAGACGCGGCGAGUCGGGAGCUGAAGGACCACGAAAAUGGCGGAGGAGAGGCGGCGAAGGCGGUAAAGAUUAUCUCGACUAUCCUCGACGCAGAGGAAGUAGCGGAGAUGGAGGAGGCGGCAGUAGCGGAGGUGAUGAAAUGGCUGGAGGAGGAGAUGGGCUCCGCCGCCGUUGCCCACUCCCCUUCCACGCCGUCCUACAACGAGGAGACAUCCUUCGUCACCAUCAACGGCAACGAGGAGAGCUGCGGGCCGUCGUUCUCCAGCUCCGCGUCUACGGUCAUGGCCAGCAUCGACACCAGUGGCGGCGUUUGCGGAGUGCCGUACUUCGUCGGGUGCCUCUCCGGCGGCGCCCCGUGGUCGUCUGCGGCGCCAUUGGUCCGGAUGCUGGCGGAGCCAUCGGUGGCUGCGCCCAUGGCGGGGCCGUCGGUGGAGCCGCGAUCAAGUUAA